AUGUUUAAAAAAAAAUGUUUAAUUUUGACAAUCUUCACAUUGAAAUAUUCGGAACUUUUUGACCUGAAAUCUUCCUACAUAGGUUGCUACAAAUUCAUCCUACCAACGAGACAUUCCAUUGUAGAUAGUGUUAGUACGUGUCAGAAGCACUGCAGAGAAGAGCGAAACAACCUGCUGGCCCUGAAGAAUGGCUCCCAAUGUUACUGCACCACGAGGCUAGACUCGGCAGUAUCUUCAUCUCAUUGUAAUGUCUCGUGCUCCGCUGGCGAUGACUGUGGUGGUAGGGAGGUGUUCUCCGUUUAUAAAGGUAAGCCACGAGUGAUGCAUGAUGAUCUCUUCGCUUCCAAUCUCAACUGGACGAAACAGUUCAUUUUAAGAUCUAAUGUUUCCCACACUCUUGAGGCUUGUGCGCACUUUUGCAUUGAGAUAAACAUAACUCACUUCACAAAUAUGAUAGACGGCGAAUGCAACUGCUUGCAUGACUACGAUGAUUUCACGCCCAGUAGGUCUCAACUUAUCUGCGAUCAUUACUGCCCAGAGGAUAGGAAUGAGAUUUGUGGCUGUCGUUAUGCUGGCGACGUAGAUAACAACAACAUCUUGUACGGCACACGAUUUCAGUACGAUUUUCAGAGAGGUACGUCGGCAUAUUCGCACUGUUCGCACGAUGGAUCAGUAGCAGAGAGAACAAAACUAAACACGACAGCGAACAUUUACGAAAUAAAAUCUUGCAAAGUAUGCGACGAAGGCUGGAAAGGCGAUUCAUGCAGGGAGAGAGAUUGCACGACGAACAAUGGAGGUUGCGGUAGCGAGAUGAAAUGUGUCGUGUCUACGGUCAACGAGUUUCAAUACACUGAAUGCGUCUGUCCGCACGGAACUGUUAGGAACAGGAGGUACCUGUGUGAGGUUUUCAGACAUAAUUUGGCCGCAGGUAAAAAAUUCUAUCUCAGUUCUGUAUCAAACAAGUUUGGCUUCGAAGCGAAAUAUUUAAACGACGGUGGAUACAGGUCUGCUGAGGUCGAUGAUGAGAGUUCGACUUGGAUGGCUGUAGAUCUUCUUUACUUCUACUGCGUUGGAUUUGUUAGAGCUCAUGAGCGAAUCAGUUUGGAUAAGAAAAUGUUCAAUCGAGCAAAUAAAUUAGCAGUGAAACUUAAUGAAUCUUUUAACGUUGAAACAAAAGUAGAUGCAAGAAAUGCACUGAAGCUUUGUGGCUAUGGACCUGAUCAGCAGGCAAUCCGGGGCUCACAACCCCUGAUUGUAAUCUGCAAUAACUUCACGCUGCUUUCCAGAUUUGUCAUCAUCGAACCUUCAGAUACAGCAUCCUCUAAAAUGGCGUUAGAAGGAUUUGAAGUGUAUGAAGUUGGAUGCGACCUCCUCAACGGAAGAUGCGGGCAGGAGAGGAAGUGCACGGAGAUGAAAACAGGAAGAACAACUGUCGUCAGCUGUACGGAAUGGGACAAACUUCAGAUUAUCCACCUAACGUUUCACAGAUGUUUCAGAAAAGUGACCAUGGAACAUGAGCUUUAUGAAAUAGGUUUGUCCGAAGAGCAAUGCCAAGAAAGAUGUCAACGUUCGUUCAACUUUGCGGUACUUCAUGCUGGUUUUAAAUGUUUUUGUGCAAACCAUUUAACAGUGAGCGGUGAAAUGCCAGUUGACUAUUGUGCUAUAGGUCACUACCAAUCAUACCUAAUUUAUGAUACAAGCAUCUCCCACAGGGAAGAUCACAACAACCUCUCAACUACGUGGAGAAGAGCAAGUGAUGAAAUUCCAGCCACCAAGAGCAAAAACCUUCAAACCAUCGGUGCUAGUACUCCCACAACUACAGAUUUUGAUGAAAUUAUCGACGGGGAUGAAGAUAACUUCACCAGAAAGCCCAUUUUCGUAAGUUUUUCAAACAAAAUGUACACCUUCGCAGCCAUACACUCGGCCAUCAUGAUCGUCCUUUCCUUCCUGGCGUUCAUCUUCUUUGCGAGAACCAGCCAGAAGGAAAGGGGGAGUGUAGAAGAAGACAGCGUUGAAGAGAUGCCAGAUGACGAAGGCAGCAGUUCGCAAGAUAAAUAUAUAAAGACAGUCGGCUCCACUGGUUCUGAAGAUUGA